CUUUAGCUUGAGGAAAUGCUGUCACUAACACAGCUAGCUAGCUGGUUCUUUGGCUGGCCGAACUGGCCCACAGUAUUUGAGCUGCACUACGCACAUCUAUUCGGCGUCGUCGUUCCCCGCAGCUUUCGGCUGUUGGAGGAGCUGGAAGAAGGUCAGAAGGGAGGUGGUGACGGCACCGUGAGCUGGGGCCUCGUGAGUGACGACGACAUGACGCUAACUCAAUGGAAUGGCAUGAUCAUUGGCCCACCCAAGACUGUGUACGAUGGCAGGAUCUACAGUCUGAGAAUAGAAUGUGGAUCCAGAUACCCGGAGCAUCCCCCUCAUGUCCGCUUUGUCAACAAGAUCAACAUGAAUGGCAUACACAGUUCAAACGGUGUGGUGGACAUCAAGACGCUGACGGCACUCUGCAGGUGGAGAAACUCCUACAACAUCCGGAUGGUGCUGCAGGAGCUCAGACAGCACAUGAUGUUGAAGGAGAACAGCCGGCUAUCCCAGCCACCAGAAGGCCAGGUCUACAGCAACUGACCCCCCCUCAAGUCUACCAUUUGACAGAGGGUGUGCAGACCAGACAUUACCGCACAAUCUCAAUAAUGUUGUUUUGUCUUGCAUCCAUGUGUGCGUUCUACAUCCAGAUUGUCAAAUAACCAAUGACCUGAUUGAGUACCAGUUAUUCAUUCAUCAUUUAUUUUCUCUUUUCGGUGUUGCGGUGAGGGAUUUGAAUCUACAGCAAAACUUGUGUAAACCACAAUAUAAAAUAUUCAGAACAUUUGCAGUUAUUUUAAUCAGGUUCUCUGAAAGUACCCCCCCCCCUCCCCCCAGGCCCUUGUCCAGUACACACAAAUGAACUGCUACUAGACAUUCACUGUAUGCAACAGGGCGCUGAGGCCGCUAAGUCUUCUGUGUGCCAUAUGGUUUCUAAACCUUUGUAAUGGUGAUUGAUUGUUAGCAACCAGUGGGAGGGGAUGUGGGGGGAGGAGAGGACACCUCAUCACCACUGCACUGUGGCUCGUGGCGAGCAGCAGGAGCGGCGUGCGUCUGUCUGUCUGCUGGGUUUGGCUCUUGCUUCGUGGGAAACGCUCCACAGAGCCGCCUCCUCUCCCCCCACGGUGAACGCCCGCUGAGCUUUGGAUGUUUAUUUUUUAUGACGGGAUAAAUCUAAUCAGGGUGAUGGUGACCUGUUGCAUGGUUUUAUUUGAAUUAAAUAUUAUUACUUUUGCA